GGAGGCCGGGCUGCCGGGGCUGUUUUUCUUUCCCGUCGGUUCUCUUUGUGAAAAGCUUGGGAGCGAAGAACAGAGCAGGGCCUGCGCCAGGCCUUCUCGCCGCCUCGGGAGUCGCCCCGCGCCGUCUCGGGGCGCCGGUCCCGGGGCCUGCCCCCGGCUCCCCCGUCCCGCGGCCUCUCCAGCUCCCGUGCGCAACUCGCCCUGGCCCCCUGCCCUGGCGCGCUCCUUCCCAGGAGAGAUUUUCAGGUCUCAAAUGCCUUUGACUGAUUUUAAAGCAUUUCUCUGCUCGUAGCUGCCUCUUUGCAGUCUGGUUGGGAGCACUGGAGUGGUCUUCACCAUGCCGACGGUGGUGGUAAUGGACGUGUCCCUUUCCAUGACCCGCCCCGUGUCUGUCGAGGGGUCUGAGGAGUACCAGCGCAAGCACUUAGCAGCCCAUGGUCUGACGAUGCUGUUUGAGCACAUGGCCACAAAUUACAAGCUUGAAUUUACAGCCCUGGUGGUUUUUUCAUCGCUCUGGGAGUUGAUGGUUCCCUUCACAAGAGAUUAUAACACCCUGCAGGAAGCACUAAGCAAUAUGGAUGAUUACGACAAAACUUGCCUGGAGUCAGCAUUAGUUGGUGUUUGCAACAUUGUACAGCAAGAAUGGGGUGGUGCAAUUCCUUGCCAGGUGGUUCUGGUGACCGAUGGCUGUCUUGGCAUUGGUAGAGGGUCACUGCGACAUUCUCUGGCUACUCACAACCAAAGGAGUGAGAACAACAGAUUUCCACUGCCUUUCCCUUUCCCAUCCAAGUUGUACAUCAUGUGCAUGGCAAAUUUGGAGGAGCUUCAGAGCACGGAUUCCUUGGAAUGCCUUGAACGUCUCAUAGACUUAAACAAUGGUGAAGGGCAGAUUUUUACUAUUGAUGGCCCCCUGUGCUUGAAAAAUGUACAGUCUAUGUUUGGAAAGCUGAUAGACCUGGCAUACACACCUUUCCACGCUGUUCUCAAGUGUGGCCACCUAACCGCUGACGUACAAGUGUUCCCCAGGCCAGAACCUUUUGUUGUGGAUGAAGAGAUUGAUCCUAUCCCUAAAGUCAUUAAUACAGAUUUAGAAAUAGUGGGAUUUAUUGACAUAGCUGAUAUUUCAAGUCCUCCAGUUCUGUCCAGACAUCUGGUCCUACCUAUAGCACUUAACAAAGAGGGUGAUGAGGUGGGUACUGGCAUCACUGAUGACAAUGAAGAUGAAAAUUCAGCCAAUCAGAUUGCAGGCAAAAUACCCAACUUCUGUGUCCUACUCCAUGGCAGUCUGAAAGUGGAAGGAAUGGUGGCAAUUGUCCAGUUAGGCCUUGAGUGGCACGGCAUGCUCUACUCCCAAGCAGACAGCAAGAAGAAGUCAAACCUCAUGAUGUCUCUCUUUGAGCCUGGCCCAGAACCUCUCCCCUGGCUGGGGAAAAUGGCCCAGCUGGGUCCUAUUUCAGAUGCUAAAGAAAACCCUUAUGGGGAGGAUGACAAUAAGAGCCCAUUUCCCCUGCAGCCCAAAAACAAACGCAGCUAUGCCCAGAAUGUGACUGUCUGGAUCAAACCCAGUGGCCUGCAGACAGAUGUACAGAAAAUUUUGAGAAACGCACGGAAACUACCUGAAAAAACGCAGACAUUCUAUAAGGAGCUGAACCGUCUGCGAAAGGCCGCACUGGCCUUUGGCUUCCUGGACCUGCUCAAGGGUGUGGCUGAUAUGCUGGAGCGGGAGUGCACACUGCUGCCAGACACAGCGCACCCCGAUGCUGCCUUCCAGCUCACCCACGCCGCUCAGCAGCUCAAGCUGGCCAGCACCGGCACCUCUGAGUACGCUGCAUACGACCAUAACAUCACCCCUUUGCACACAGACUUCUCUGGCAGCAGUGCAGAGAGAAUGUGAGCCGACAUGGGGGGUUAAUUUGAACUGAAAAGGACUUCAGUACAUUCACCUCUGACAUGGCCACCCAGAGGCCUUCCUGAGCCUGGCUCAGCAGCACCCCUUGCAGGCUGGCAAGACUGCCCAGUGUGAGGAGCUGCAGGGGUGGAAAGGGGCUGGCUGGUUGGCUUAACCCUAGCUUCCUGGCUUGGGGUGUCUCAGCCAUUGCUCCCAUGAGGGACACAUCUUAGGGAGGCUGAGCACAGAGCCCUGCCUGCCGCCGCCUCAGGAAACACUGGCGAGGACUAUCACAUCCUGCAAGUAUCCCUUCAGAUUGUGCUCAGCUGUAAGCACAUUUUCAAUCCUCGCUGAAGAGGCAGCCCAGGUUGCUUGGGACUUGAGGACAAACUGAAUACUACCGAGUUCCAGAAUUUUGCUUAAACUUGGUAAAAUAUGAUAGUAAUGCUUGGGUGCUUUUGGUGUAUCUUGAGUACAAACUUUUAAACAGCAACCACAUAUGUAUAAAAUGAUUCCUGGUUUUUUAAUGAAAAUAAAAUACUUGAUUUUCUAUAGCAUA